UUUUUUUUUUGCAGAGAAAUGGCAAAGUCACCUAAACAAGAAACAGUUUUAGACAAAGAAGAUUCAGAUUCAGAGUUACCCACAAUUCCUGAUCUUGAUGAUGUUAGAGAAGAAGAUUUUACUUCAGAAGUUGCUCAGGCACCAAGUGUUGCAGUGAACAGAAUGGUGACAUACCAGGAGUUGGAUAAUGAUUUGUUAAAACAUGCAGCAUUUACAACUUUGGAUGGUGUUGAUCUUCACAUUCUGACAAGAUGUCUUGCACCUGAAAAUGAGAUCAAAGAAGAAGACUUGCCAUGGACAUGGAACAUACUCUUCACAGAUGUUGCCUCGGAUUUAAAUGCCAAAUGGGAAAACUCAGUGGAUCCAGAUUUGGACAGAUUUAUUAAUUAAAGAAAUAGUGAUAAAAUGAUUUAUUAAGGUAUAUAUUUAAUGCAUUGCAACCACCUUUCUCUUUAAAAAUACAACAUCUGGGAAUUGUAAUAUAUGUGUGUAUUUACAUUUGGUGGAUGUAUACCUUAGAAUGGUCUGUUUGGAAAAAGUUUAGCCUUAUUUUUUCUUUUCUCUCGUAAAAUCUUUAAAAAAGUUGUAAAUUUGUUGAAAUUAUUCUACUUAAUAAGAAGUAGAAAAGUAUUUACUCAUACACAUUAUAAGAUGUAACAAUAUAUAUAAAAAAAAAUUAAUAUACUCAAAAACCGGAUUAUGGAUAUUGAAAAACUGAAAGUUAGAUACAACAGUUUAUUGGAAAUAUAGAAUUAAAACAAUCACAACUCAAGUCCUCUUUUUCCAGAAGUUAAAAGGAUAUUUUUCUUCUCAUAAUCACAACUCCUACUUACACAUUGUCUCACUUGGCUAUGUAACUAUUUUUUAUAGAAGUGAAAGGUUUUCUUCUGUCUUAUUUUUGACUUGUAGAAUUUAUAUAAAAUAUAACUUAUUCAAUGCUAUAUUUACUGCAGGGUCAAAAUGCACAUCAUGAAAUUUUACUUUAUUCUAAAUUUAAUUUGAAAACCUUAAUGUAAGCUUGGUAUCAAAUUGUAGUUUGUAAUACAAAUUUUUGUAUAAGUUUUAAUUUCAAAGGGAAAGCUUGAAUAAAUACACAGUCUUAACUUGUCUGUGUCACAUGAUGCUCUUGUGCUGUGAAUUGACCAUUUAAAUUUUCUUUUUACCUUUUAUGGGUUUCAGAGUAUCCACUAACUACAAACUCGUACUAUAGAUAUUGACAAGCCAGAAUAUAAAUUUCGAACCUCCAAUCAUUUUCUUCGACUAAAAUACAAACUCACAAGACAUGCCUCUUCUAUACCAUUCUGUCAAACUCACAUGAUAUGCCCCUUCUAUACCAUUCUGUCAAACUCGCAUGACAUGCUCUUCUAUACCAUUCUGUCAUGCCACCAGUUUUCUCUAAAAGUGCUAUUAAGUUGCUUAUAACCAAUAAAAAGAGCACAUUUUCUUUACAAAGUUCCUUAUAUUAGUUAUCUUGUUUUGCUGCCUGUAAGUAGAUAUUUUCGCUCAGUUUCAUUGCAUCCAAUUGUAGUGUUCAGUUUCAAGCAGCUAACAGAACUUGUUGAACCUAUUUAUAGCUUAGUUAGAAAGCCAGCUAAAUUAUAGUAGUUUUGAGACAUUCAACUGUACUUCACUGAUACUUUUUAUGUUCUAAAAUAUAUAUUUAAAAUAAACAUGAAUUACUUUUGUGGACAAACAAACAUUGUCACAAAAAAGUAGGUUUACAGCACCUCAUUUUCAAUUUUUGUUUUUUAUGUAUAAUAUUUAUUUAUUGUUAUACAAAUAAUUAAAAUGUAAAAAUUAGGAUCUUUUUAGGUUUCAUAAGAACACAUAAGAGGUAAAAAUAUAUAUAUUCUCUUGAUACUUCAGAUCCUACAUUGAGGCAACCAUGCACACACAUAGUUUACACAAAGCUGUCCUCCUGUAAGAAAUAAUAUACUCUGAGAAAGUCUAAGUACAGUCUAAUAAAACUAAAUGAAACCAGAUGCGAAUCAUUAGUAAGAAUACUUCAAUUAAUAAUUCAGAUUUUCUCUUUGUGCAACAGACUUUUCAUGUUUACUAAAAACUUACCAAAUUUUUUAAAAAUACACUUAGUUAAUUCAGAAUUAUAGUAAGCAGUAGUUCUCCAAUACAGCCUGGGUCCAAUGGACCAACUAAGUCAAGAGGUGUUUUAUUGAUAUCCCCUUAUUCUGUCAUUUUCACAAUGGAAAUUCUUAAGUUGCACAAAACAAUAUAAACAUACUAUGUUUUUAGUUUGGAGUAAAUAAAUUCAUAUAAUUUGAUUUAGUAUUUCUAGCAUUGUUUAUGAUGUGAAAUUUCAAAAUUUUUAUUGUGAAACUAUUUUAGAAAAAAUCACUAAAAACACUUCCCUUUGUCUACAAUUUCAGUUUUUAUAUUGUUGAUCAGAAGGUUCCAUUUUGCAUAUCCAACCAAAAAAACGUUUCUUUUGAAAAAUUAUUAUUCUGUUUGUAGUAGCCAGCACUUUUGGCAAUAAAUAAUAAAUAACACGUUGCAAAAUGAUAGAUUCAUUGGUGACCCAGGAUGUCACCUUUCAAAAUAGUGUUACAGUUACCUUUAUUUGGCUAGGUAUGGUGAUUUUUGCUAACAAUAUUCUUAUUGAGACCAAUUUUGUGUGUAAUAAAUAUAGUUUCUUUUCAA